UGGUUUCGUUGUUUUUGAGAAAAUUCUUACAGAAAUUAAUUGAAUUAAUGUGAAUCACAUUAAAUUCAUUUUAAAUUACCUUAAGUAACAGAAAGGAAGUAACAAAAAGGCACAAAUUAUUAACCAAUAAAAAGAUGUGUGCAUAGCAAGCUAUAUACGAAGCUGUUGAGUUGCGGCAGAAGAGGCCCGUCCGCAUUGUUAAUUAAUUUAAUUAAGUGAGGUGUUGAAGUGAAUUAUUCUUCUUGUUUGUUGCGUUGCUCGCAACAGUGUUUCAAUUGUGGAAAUCAAAUAUGAUGGAUGAACAGUUAAUUGAUGAGGUCGCUCAUCAUGCGGUAAUCUACAAUCGUCAAAAAUAUUAUUUGAAUGGCGGUAAUGGUGGUAAUGGUGGUGGUAACAAGUACGAAACAAAAGACGAAGCUUGGCAAGUAAUUGCCAUGAAAUUGCGUAGCGAUGUGGAGACCUGUAAGAAGCGAUGGAAGUAUUUAAGAGAGCGAUAUGUGUCACAACGUAAGCAAGGCGAUCCUCCGGUAUAUGAGCAUCUAUCGCGACCGUAUUUAGAAAAAAUGAAAUUCCUAGAUCAACACAUACAGCCGCGUAAAUCUUAUCGUAAUGUACCCAACUUUCUGACCUCUCCGCAUUCAGCCAACAGUUCAAAUUUUAAUGACUACAAUAUGGAUUCAAAAUCGAACAGCUCGAUGAAAAAUUUAAACCAUUUUGGCGGCCACAGUCACCAUUAUCAUCAGCAAUCAGAUCAACAGCACGCCAUGAAUGCCUUGAGCUCUGCAGCAGUGGCGGCCUCGGCAUUGGAAAAUGAUAAUCGUGUAAAGAUAGAAGCUGAUCAAGUGUUUCGAGAUUUUGCCGCUGCUGUCGCGUCGCAACAAUUACAACAAAUCUCACAAUCACAAAUGCAACAGCAAGCGGCUGCAGUGGCAGCAGCCAUGGCUGACUCUUCACCAAAUUAUACGGAACAUUUUAGAGACACAACUAAUAACGCUUUGAGUGGGAUUUCUAAUCCGCAAACCAAUUUAGUUGGAAACGGAGGACUGCCGUCCUCUUCGUCUUCUAUUAAGUCACCCUUAUCUUCUCCUAUCCCAGGUGGUAACCAUAACGGCACAACUAAUCCAGGUCAUUCCAGUACACCUCAACAAACGGUCGCGCAUUCUUCCAGUUCUGCACAUUCUGCCAAUGCAAUAAAUCAGCAUGGCGUCAGCAAUCAUAACUUUAGUGAAUCACAAAAUGAAGAUUUAGAUUCAUCCACCAGUAGCAACUAUCACAUGAAAAAACCUAGAGUUCAACUAAAUAAUAGUACGAAUAGUAUGAAUGCUUCGUCCCAGCACAACAACAACAAUAACACUAACGGACAGUUAAGUAAUAGCCACAAUAGUAUGAGUGUCAGCUCACAUUUUGUCGACGACACUGACGAUUCUGAUGAUAGUAGCGGUAUGCUACAACCUCAGGCUGUGCUAAAUGAAAGCGCAGAAAAUCCUUUCAGUUCCAUCAGUGCUUCAACGUCGACGGUUGCUUUGCAACAACGGCAAAACAACAAUAACAACAACGUCAACAGUCAACUCUCAAACCAAGCUUCUAAUAUGUUCCCUUCGAAUGCCGAUUUUCUUUUACACCUAUACCAACAACUGCCACAACAACAACAGCAACAGAAUAAUGUACAACAAAAUCAUCAGUUCAGUAAAUUCCAAGUGCCACAAACUCCACCUCCACCUCAGCGUAGUUCUGAACAUUUGCUGGGCGAAUUAGUGACUACGGAGCUGUUAAAAAUGUCCAAGGAGCGACGAAAAAAUGUCCAAAAGCGCAUAUUGGAAAUAUUAUUCUUUGAUGACUAAGACGACGUUGGCACGUUAUGAAAGUUGAAGAAGAUUAAAAUAUCCCGCACACCGUACCAUUGCAUCUUCGAAUAGUUUCUACAAAAACAGCAAGAGGAACUUUUUGUCGCAUCUUUAUGUAAAUCUUCAAAAGGUAUUUUUGCUAUUUAAAGAAUUAAGAAGACUGAAGAAUAAUAUAGAAAUAACACUCGUGAGCGGGAAUUCGAAAUCUGCAACAUUACGGGUAAAUCGCUUUUACUUUCAUCUUACGGCAUACAUAUUCAUCCAGGUUCGUUCAGAGAUGGCAGCUUAAUUUGUGGUCAAUAAAAGUAUUUCAUCAUCAUCACCUAAUUUAUGUUUAGUUAACUUUAAGCGAACAAUAAUAACCGGGGAGUUUUGGGGGUAAUAUUAUCGUAGGUAAAAAUAGUUUUAGUUGGACAGCAUUUUGUAUUUUUUUUUAAGUAUUCAUUCCACCUUAUAAAAGCAAAAACAUUAGAUUUCUAUUUUUUUUCUUUCUAUAUACUUAAAGCUACUUGAAAAUCCCACCUAUUUAUUUAAGGCAAAACCGAAAAGGAAGAAAAUAUUACUUUUUACGUUUUUCUCUUACUCUAGUCGUUUUUUAAACAUUU